AUGGAAAAAGCAAAGUCCUCAUUACCACCCCGCCCCGCAAGUAUAUGUGUUGAGACGCCAUCUUCUAAUAUCACUCAAAUCCGUCAAUUAUUGAAAGAAGGGAAGUCAAACAUCGCCCCACACCUCCCGUACGAACAUCGAAUAGAUAAAGUCCCAGAACCCGAGGAUAGACUUUUAACAGCGAAUAUGCUCUUUUCCGGGAAGAACCAUUUACCGAACAUCCCAUUACUCCGUCAACAUUUACUCCGACAAGGAAGACUCACACAAGAGGCAGCUACGAUGUUAAUUAAACAAGCAAGAGAUAUCUUUAGGAAAGAACCCAAUUUGUUGACUGUGUUUGCGCCUGUAGUUAUACUAGGGGAUAUCCAUGGGCAAUUUUUCGAUAUGUUGAAUGUCUUGGAUAUGCUUGGCUCCCCAACCAAGACACAAUACCUCUUCUUGGGAGAUUACGUCGACAGAGGGGAUUACUCCACAGAGGUCCUCUUCUACCUUUUGGCUCACAAAAUCUGUUAUCCGACAAAGGUGUAUAUGCUUCGAGGCAAUCACGAGACGCGACUCAUGUGUGAAUACAUGACCUUUUUACUUGAGUGUAAUGCAAAAUACAACAUUAAAGUCUAUAAUGAAUGUUUAACAUUAUUUGACUCAUUGCCUUUAUGCGCUGUAAUAGAAGGAAAUGUCAAUGGAAGAGUCCUUUGUAUGCAUGGAGGGAUCUCCCCAGACAUUCGGUACUUGUCUGAUAUCAAAGCUAUUAAUCGGUUCUGUGAACCACCUGGGACUGGUCCAUUAACUGAUUUAUUAUGGAGUGAUCCGAUUAAUGAAUGGAGUCCUGACGAUCCCGAGUGGGAAGGGAUUUCAAGACAAGAGUGGAACAAAAUCACUUAUGUUGAAAAUACUAUGAGACAUACGUCUUACUUCUUCGGGAGAGCCGCACUCGAACCUUUUCUGUUAGAAAACAACUUGGCUUCUAUAGUAAGAGGACAUCAAGUCCAAGACGAAGGGUAUAUGGAACAUACCUUUUUGGUCACCGACCGCCCUUUACCUUUGUGCUUUACUAUCUUUUCUGCUCCAAAUUACUGUGACCAAUAUAACAACCAAGGCGCGUUGUUAUCGAUCUCAGCAUCACCUUUUGAUAUUAAAACAUUCUUAUGGAAAGACCACCCUUUCCAAUUACCCGAAUUUGGAGAUGGGAUCUCUUACUCUUUACCAUAUUUACUCGAACACUGCGUCAGAAUAUUACAAGACUUGGUCAUCGCUAUUAAAGACGACAAACAACAAACUAUUGAGGAGGUGGCUGCUGAUGCUAAAUUGAAAAGAAAGACAGAACUCCUCUUUGCUAAGUCCGCGAAAAUUAGAGAACAACAAGAGAAGUAUAGAGCAGUCCUCAAUGAGAAUUAUCACAAAAAUAUGUCGAAGUUUGAAAAAGCCGUGAAGUCCGACAGACAAAACGAACAAUUCCCGACACUCGAAAUGAUUGCAUCAAAACAAGCGAAUCACACUGGGUUGUUAAGAAGAGGAGCGUCAUCCCCAGCACUGUUACAACGAUUACAAAGAGAUAAGACGUUCUUGGCAGAUAAAUCGACAGGGAAGUUGCCCCAAGUCGCUCAACCAAAACCGCAAGAACAACAACAAACAAAAGAACAGACGGAAGAACAAAAAAGCCAACCACAAGUGAAACGGCAGGCGUCGAAGAACUUCAAGCCAAGGCCAAAAAAAUAA